ACAGAAAAGCAAAAGGAAACUUUUUGGGAAACAGAUGAAAAAUUCACAAUCACAAAAUCUUAAAUAAACUCUCAAGUUAUUAAUAGCUUACCCUUUUUAUAUUUAUUAAAUUUAUACAAGUUAUCAAAUGUAAAAUAAGAUGCGGGUACCCAGAACUUUCAAGGCUAAGGCCAGGGUAAAACCGAAAGCAAAGAAAACCCGAAAGAACAUUACAAGAAGAAAAAGAUGUGUAACUGGAAAUCAUGUUUCAAUACGCGAUCUAGAUAGCAUUAACAAAGCCAUUCACGGAAAUAAAUCUAACCAAGGUGACGAACGUACGUGGAAACUAAUUCCAAAAGAUUCUAAAGAAGUAUACAAGUUAAGGCGCAAGCGCGCUCAGCAAGAGAAAGCACCCAGAGAGGAAGAUAACAUAGAUGAAGAGCCAACUGAAGACUCAAGAAAAAACGAUCCAGCUCAGCAACAACCAAAUAUGAAAAAUAAACUUAAAUUCACAAAAAAGAAACCUAGUACAUCUGCGGGUGAUGGACUGAAAAAGAAACAAGUUCCUAAAGAAAGGGCUCCAUCUAGGUGCUACUCUGAGUGCUGCUCAUCAUUGUCUUCAAUGCUCACCGUAUCAUGCCAUCCUUGCGACAGCGGCACUACAGCGUCGACCCACUGCAGUCACUACACAGAUAUGGAAUAUUAAUUUAUAAUGGAUGUAAAAAAAAUGUAUUUAGAAGAAAUGUGCUUGUUCUUUUCCGAUCAAUAAACGUUCGUUAAACCUG